AUGGAAAAUUCGUCCACAACUGACUACGCACCGCAACCUCCAGUGAGCUGUCCUUUUCGUAUCACAGUGACCACAUCCAGUUUUGAAUUGGAACAGCUGAUCUCUCGAAUCAGGGCAGAGCACGCGUCGAGAGUGUGCGAUCAGGAUCGACCUGCUGACAGUCCACCGCCCGUUUUACUCAAUGGACUGCAUACAUGCGGCGAUUUGUCCACCACUAUUCUGCGCUUAUUCACUGAAAUGGAUUGUGCUCGUGCAGUGUUGUCCUAUGCGGUACUGGAGGCUGCUUGUCAUUCAAUCGGAGACUAUAUGCGCCGACUGCGUUUGGCCGUAACCACGGGCAACACAACUCAUUUGCAUGUGCACGGUUACCGAGCUCUAUUAGAACUACUUCUUCAAUAUCGCUCAAUCUCCCUGGGAGACUCAAAUGAUAUACCGGUGAUCAAAGCCAUUCGAUGCUCGGUGAAACACUCGGCCAGUAUGGACUUUUGUGCCUACUCAAAACGCCUUCUCGAUCGGAUGGCGCAAGUUCAAAAACCGGUCGCCGGUUCCUCAUGGCUGGAGACCAUGUUCCGUCCGUUCACGACGGAGGAAGUACAAGCCGCGAUACUCACAACUGGCCAUUCGAACCAGAGUCCAGACACAAUGUGGCUUCCGAUUGUCCGGUAUCAUGUGCUUCGCUUGAUGCUUACUCCAGUCGUGGAAGCUAUUUUGCUAUUGGAUCGAUUGAUACUAUUGCAGGAACAAGGUACAUGGAAACCAAGCGAAUCUGUAUUGUGUAAUCUUCUUGUUGGAUGGAAAUGUUCUCUUUAA